AUGGCCCUCCGUCCGGCGAUAUGUCCGUCGAUUUUGAACGCAGACCUCGCCAACUUGGCUGCAGAGUGUCGGAAGCUUCUUAUGGCAGGUGCCGACUGGUUACAUUUGGAUGUGAUGGAUGGGCACUUCGUUCCGAACUUGACUUUCGGUCAUCCACUUGUGGAAUCGUUGCGGAAAAACCUUGGACCUGAGCCGUUUUUCGAUGUUCAUCUCAUGGUCUCCGACCCUGGUCGAUGGGUGACUCCAAUGGCUGCGGCGGGAGCAAGUCAGUUCUGUUUCCAUUGGGAGGCCGCCCAUGAAAAAGGUGGUGAUGAAGAGGUGUCUUCGGUUAUUGACAAGAUCCACAAAGCCAAUAUGAAAGUUGGGUUUGCCAUCAAACCGAAAACUCCAGUGGAGAAAGUCCUUCAGUUUGCUGAUAACAUUGACAUGGCUUUAAUAAUGACUGUCGAACCAGGAUUUGGUGGUCAGAAAUUCAUGGGUGACAUGAUGGACAAGGUUCGCACAUUAAGAAAGGCUUACCCCUCACUCAAUAUUCAAGUAGAUGGCGGCAUAUCGACUUCGAAUAUUCAAAUACCAGCUGAAGCUGGUGCGAAUGUGAUAGUCUCGGGUACAGGCGUCAUUAAGGCUCCUUGUCAGAAAACUGCAAUGAGCAAGCUUCGAGAGGCUGUACAGGCUGCUAUCGAUAAGGGUUAUUAG